AUGCAGGGCAUUUCUGAAACGAUCGCUCGUCAAUUCAAUCGUUUUGAUAUCUCUAUUGCCCACAAAGCGGCGUCGUCAUUACGCGCAACUCUUUCCCGAGUGAAAGAUCCCAUACUCAAAGAACAGCUGACUAGUGUCAUUUAUCGCAUUCCGUGUGCUAACUGUUCUGGCACGUACGUGGGUCAUUCAGGCCGACGACUUGGGACACGCAUCCACGAACACCAGCUACCCAUCGGCCGACGUGACCGUCUGUCACUCGUGCUCGCGCACGCCCUUGAGUUUUACCAUCGCUUCAAUUGGGACGGAACUGAAGUGGUUGCCAUGGCCAACACCAAACAGGCAUGA